CUUUCAUCGAGCUGCCUCGCAGUCGCUCAGCACUGUAUCCUAGAGAUUUGCCAGUUGCUGCGCCGUAGGCGUUGAAUAUAUUACGUACUCAUACUAUUCCGCCAUUUACUACGAUUCACCAUCCACAUCAUUACUACACCACUCACCAUUCACAAUUGACGAUUCACAAUUCACAAUUCACAAUUCACAAUUCACAAUUCACUGAGCAUCUACAGAACGGACGAGAUGGAAGAGAGCCGCCGUUCGCCCAUGUCUGCUCUUUCUAACGAGCUCUUGCUGUCCAUCUUCGAGUCCGGAUUGCCGCCCUCGACCUUGCUUUGCUGCAUGCUCUGCUGCAGACGAUGGUCGUCCCUAUCUUCUUCCGUGCUAUACAAUCACCUUGUCCUCACCGUUGACACCCUUUCGAGCUUCGUACGUUGUUCGUCAAAGUCGAGAGACGCUCUGGUUGAGACGCUCACCCUUCGCGUAAAUCCCGCGCGAUCUGCGGAGACGGAAGACGCGAUCCGCCAGCUGCGAUCCGAUCUCCGCGAGCUUGCUCCGAGGGUCGGGAACAUGGUCAAUUUACGAGUGUUUUCUCUUUACGCGCCAUCUAAGCUGCCUUCUAGUCGCUGGGUACCCGACGCGUCGAUUGCUGCCGUCCUCGACAGCCUACCUCGAAGCUGCGUGGGUCUGGAACUUAGCGCCAGAUACCUGCGCCAUCCCGGCAGCGUCGAGGAGGACGAAGGCGUACACCUAUGCGCUUCUAUCCGCAAAAUACUACCUAGGCUACGGUUUUUGCGCUUGAACUUAUCUAGGUUAUGCCCCGAAGCCUUUGGCAUCGGGUUCGACCCUGCUAAGCAACCGGACCCUCCCGAGGCUUUCGAGCCGGUCGCGGCGCCGCAUCUCGAGCAGUGUCUGAUCAAGAUAGCCGAACCCAAGUACACUUCGGGUCUUGACCGCUCCUGGGUAUGCGGUUGUCCGGAGGCUGACGUCGUCGCCGUCCUGGUCAAGCAUCUGCGAAUUUUUAGAGACGCGAGCGACGCUUCGAAGCUCGAGAAAUUGUGGAUAGUAGACGCGUCGCCUAUGACAGAUCCUUAUGCUACAUUUCACGCGUUCGUCCGUCGCGACGUGCUCGCCGAGAAGAGUCUGCUUAUUCCUUACAAGAACGUCGGUCUCCACAAAUUCAACAAAGAGGGUAUCUUCGUUCGCAUGCCUGAGGAGGAGGGCGGCCAAGAUCUCGUGUCGACGAUCUACGGUGCGAUGAGCUUGGCGGAGCAACGUGCCUGGGUGGAAACGACGGGCGGAACUCGAGUACCCGCCGCCGAAGUUUCUCAGAAGCGUCGUCUUACCCUUGCUGAGCCCGUCAUGCGGACGGCUGACGAGUGGUUCGCGAAGACGAACAUCUCGUGCAUAUUGUGGGCGGAUGAGAAGAAGACGGGAGCGCGAUUAUUGGACGCUACGGAAGAAGGCCUGGCUGAAAAUUCUAUUGCGGUCUUACGAACCCCCGACGGCUGGACUCGUCAUGCGGGUGGCUUUCUACAGAAACUGGAAUAAAGAUGAUCAUUUCUAUCUAGUACCGUACGUCUGUCAACCACCGAGUGCCGAUAUUUCAUAGCAAACUACCAUCUACGGCAUCUAGCAGGUUCUCGCGCGGCUGCUGCGUAAGCUUUGGACUUUUCAUGCGCCGCUCCUCCGUCUAGC